AUGAGAUUAGAGAAGUUGAAGGGUUGGAUAUUCAUGGUAAAACAAGCACGAAAAUCUUCUGACACGUGGCGACAAGACGUCAGAAGCCUGAGAGAAUCGUAUGUGGGUAAAAAUGAAGUUUACGUGGGAACCGUGAUUGCAGUUGAAGUCCACUUUGAAAAUAAGGACAGCGGGUUCUUUAUAAAACAUACAGCGAGGUGGAACGGCGCUGGACCACCGCCUGAGCCUGUUGGUACCGCAUUACCGGGGGCAUUGCUAUCACUUGACCGGUUCACUGUGCUCCAAGGAUCAGCUCCAGCCUCGGUCCGUGCGACAUACGGCCCAUUUUCGACGAAGCAAACCGUACCGGCACGCUAUGCAGUACCCGAUCCUCUGGAACCGCCGCGGAGGAAUGCAACAUUACUGGAGCUCCAAGACGCCACAGCGCAUAGACUUGACGUUUCCGCUCACUUAGUGUUUCGUGAGCUUCCCCGUGAUGCUCCCGUUCUACGGGUACUCUUCCAUACUGGUGGAGAAGGAGGAACACGUCGCGCUGCAACACGGCCUAGACGUGUUUGCAUAACGCUCCAUGCGAGUCUUGCUUCUAAAACACUAACUGCAUCUUGUGGACCUGAAGGUGAAGAAGGUGCUUGCUUAGCUGAACUCACGGUUCCCGCUGCUUGGUGGCCGGCAGAUGGAAAAGGAAAACGACCGCCGAGGAAUAUACGAUUGGCAUACAGUGCAGCAGAGGCUAGUAGUGGAGAGAGCACAGAAGGUGUUUGUGGAAGAGUCUCUGUUCAACCAGCCUGGCCUUUGGGCACUGUAACUCUAGCUGGUGCACGUGCCGGAUAUCGUGAAGCACGAGCCGGUGACUCUGCACUCCUUUUACCACGUGCGCCUCUUUACCCUCAUUCCCGAUUACAUCUGCCAUUUGUUAUACGUCGGGAUGCAAGUCACUCCAUUGGACAUGUUGUUAUACGAAUGAAGGUGAAGUCAGGAUUGAAGCUGGUUAGUGUGUCGGCGGCCAACUCUCACUGGGCGGUCACAGCGGAAGUAAAACCACGGGCGGCCACCGUCACCGCUACACGUCUCGAACAACCCCUACGCGACGAUGAUCUACUCGACACAGAUAUCGAAGAAAGCGGUGGGGCGGGAGGACCUGGUUGGGAAGAAAUACUGACUUGGUUGGUCGAAGUAGGAGCUGAAGGUGAAGGGGACGCAGAAGGUUCAGAAGGGGAAUCAGGGCGUGGCACAGCACGUUUAAGUUGGACGGCGAAGGUUUCUUCUGCGCCUAAUUCUGGAUCAACAACGGAAGAAACUCCUCAUGAGCACAGAGUCAACACAAGACUUGACAUCGAAAAGGAUGACAUUCAAGCUGUUCUGCCAAUUUCCAAGAACUGGGAGGUGCUUAACACGGCAGUACUAACGGGACGUCAGGUCUCGCAGGCGAUGAAAGUGCUGAUAGUGUCGCAGGCUGGCCAGGUCGCUGACGUCACUUUACAGAGUUCUUGCCACUCUGAAGACGAGAGUGUGCUCAAAGUUUCCUCAUCGUGUAGUUCAGUGUACGUGGAUGGAUCCGAGAUCCGAGGCUCAUCGAACGCAUCCGUAAUUGUCAAAUACGGCACUUACACGGGACUGGCGCGUUUCACCGUUUGGAUGCCAGAGUACCCACUUGAAAUCGACGUAGACGACAACCGCCUCUCGCAAAUCAAAGGUUGGAAAGUAUCAGACGACGCGAACGCAAAGGACAGAUUGAAACGUUCACUUUCGGCACGGGGUUGGGGAGGCGCACGGCCAGAUGGCACCAAUUCCUUGACCGACCAACGAUCUUGUCGUUUGAGAUAUCAACAAAGCAACGUUGAGGUUUACGCACGUUUUCUUGCAAAAGACCACGACUCUGGUCGCGUGUCGUACUUCGUGUCGCGGCGAACGUGGCUGAAGGUGACCGAGUUGGUGCUGUCACUGAUGCGAGUCUCCGACCCUCGAAUAGCGUCACUACGCGACCGUGUUCUACAAGGUCGCAGCACUGGGCGCACUGAAGUACAAGUGCUUUCACCUAUCACAGGUCGCGUCAUUGGCCUCCGGGAAGUGAGAGUAGUGAACGAUAAAGUCUCUAUAUCCCGGCUGCUCGUGCGAGUUAUCUCCGGCCUCCAACUGAACAUCUCUCCAGACACAGCGAUUGAAAACGGUUACGUAUCGGAAACUACGGUCACUAGGCGUCUCACUGCACAAUAUCAGGAGGGCCUACUGGACAUAGACAUUGAGUUCUCGGAUGGCAGCCACACGGCAUUGCGUGACGUAGCGGUGUCUGAUUACUAUUUGCUUGUUGAGAGCCUCGACUCUGAAGUAGUGGCGUUCGCACCUAUGUUGGCAUCGCGGCACCCUCGCGUCAUAGCGGUUGGUGAAGGUAGCGGCGAACUUCUUCGAGUUACACUCCUUACUCCUGAACAAUGUCGCGUGGGCCCGCUUCGUCGUGUAGCCCUCCCCGGAAAGGGUGAUACGAAAACCCCAGCCAAUAUCAAAAACAUCCCAGGAGCACUUGCCACUGCUGCUGCUAGUGUGGACGUAGACUUUAGCGGUGGAGAUGUUCCACAGAGACCUGACACCCCUCAAAACGACGAUAUCAUGGCGCGAGGGGGGAUCCGGACUGGAAUGUCUGAUCUCAGUGAUGUACUUAAAGGUUUUUCUCCAUUCAAAGACGAAAAUAAUCACGAACCUACAGUACAGGCUCAGCAAUAUGGCUCCAUCUUUCGUAGCAAUUCUCCGGUACAUCCUCGCCAUCAGCAGCCACAUAUGACGCCAGUUGAAAUCGGAAUGUACGUUUUACUUGGGGCAUUUUGUUUCGCGAUUGUCGUUUUCGUAGUCUCCUGUGUGGUAUACGCAUCUCGCCUAAAACCAGCAAGUGCUGACGGAGGAAUAAGUGGAGGUCGGUCUCUGCCUGCGGUAGCAGAAGGCGGAAGAUUGCAAGUUGCUGGUCUUGUGGGAACAACACUUGGACUAUCUAAAGAGAAGCCUUCUAGGGAAUCUACAACCAAUGCGCAUGACUGGGUAUGGCUAGGUAGAGCAACAAUAGAAAGAAAUGGAAAUCGACAACUCGCAAAUCGAAACUCGACACAACCUGCGGACAAAGGCAACAACAAUCAGGAGAUGAGAAUCACUUCGAACCCUCUUAAUUACAACUACGUGGACCCAGAUGACGCAAUACGAGACAAUGGAAACGUGAUGGUGACGAGUUUUGACAACCCUAACUCCAUCGAACUGCCUUCGCAAAAUGAGAAGAAGGAGAGAGUUAUCGAUUCAACAACUUACUGUAAGAAACCAGGAAGGCACACACGUCAGCACUCCGGAGACGGUCAUUGGCAGGUGGAUGCAACUGAUCCCGACGAGUAUCGACCACCGGUUCCACCACACAGGAAUUCCUCAACAUCACAACCCCAAAUACCUGUCCCGCCACGCAAUACAAACAAAACAUUGCCCGAAACUGUCAUGCCACCAACAAGACGCAGCCAUUCCAGGAAUCAUCACAAAAAACACGACCGCGAACCCGAAUCUUCUAAAAGGUCUCCAGAUAAUGCCCGCCGUUCGGACCGAGUUAUUGAUUUGAAUAAAACCGACGCGCCAUACAUGACGAACCGUGAUACGAAAGACCAAUACAAACACGACCCAUACCCAAUGCAAUUCCAAAAUGACUUCGAAGAUAACGUUGUGGAAAAACUUACGAAUAAGGAAGAUUGUGCGAGACUUUUUGAAUUUGACAACGAUGCUCCACUCAUCAUGGAGAAUAAGGACUAUAGAGAAAUUGUGGGGCUUAACAGAGGCACGGAUGACUCACGACGCACCUUUGCCAAACCUGAGAGCCCCGACUACAUGCAUGAUUCUGGAAUAGGUUUACCGGACGUACAGAUGCGGCACAAGAAUAGAUCUAAGGAAUCCACCAAAGCAGAUUUCGUUGAACCUGGGCAACAAAGUAAAGGGAGCAGUUCCCCGGAGGUGAAGCGCGCCACAAUUGUAGGCAACCCGAUGUACUCGCGCACUUCAACCGACGCGCCAGUGGAAUCGCUCGGGCUCGACGACCUGCACAUGGACUACGAUCAAAUCAUGCACUAUUUCCACAACCUUAAGGAAUCAAACGCCUGA